AUGCGUCGCACCGCCCACCCAGCGCGGCACACCCGCACAAUAGGGCCAUUCGAGACCCUCCGGGUCGGCGGUAACACCGAAAGUGAGAAUCUCUCUCGGUUGCAGUGCACUCGGAUUGCCUGGCAGGUGGCAAUCCGAAUGAACUUUAAAAACAGGUAUGGGAAGUCAGUUAUAGAGGUGGGCGUGCGUUCCAGGGGUAUGGGUGCUCGGGUGGGCUUUGCUAGCGAGAGAAAAAAACCGCCACCGCAGGUUCACUGCGAGCCGCUGGAAGAUGCAGUGGGCAGUUGUGGCUGCUCAAAUGGCGCCCCAUUCGAUAACGCUCUCCAUAUCCUAGAGAAUGAAGGGGAAAAGCACGCUGGAUGA